UAAGCGUCAUUAUUACUUAAGAAAAGAACCGACUAACGUUUUAAAACGUGUGGUCGAAGUCGAGCGAAUUCGAAAUCAGAACAGUUUCCUUUGGUUUUGAAAGUGCUGAAGCCAUUUCGCCGCUUGCUUUCAAAACGCUGUACCCAGACGGAGAACAGAUUCAUGCACAAAGAAUAUCGCAGAUGGAAUAAAACUUUCUAUAGAGAAAAUUGUUGCUUUCAAGAGGAGAUGAAAAGCACAAAUUUAACCUCAAGCAUAAAUACGAGCGACGAAAGUUGUAACAGAAACUACUUCGAAAUGUUUACAUUUUUGCUGGCAAUCUCGACAAGCUUGUUGUCAAAUGCAACGUUUUCAAUGGCGCUUCGAAAACUACACGCGCCUAAGGAGAACAAAUUUCAUCUGGUUGUGAAAAUGUUCGCUGUUAGCAACACGCUGGUUGUUGCGCCAUUGCUGCCCGUCUCCAUCGCCUCGUACGUGCAAUGCACGUGGAUCGGAGGCUAUGUGACCUGCGCUUUAACUGGCGUGAUCUCAGCCACGUUUCUAGGUUGGUCGGUAACGCUGAUGCUCAUAUUGUGUUUUUAUCGAUUCCUGGCAAUAUGUCGACCAUUUUACUACAGAACCAAGCUGACAGCGAAGCGCACAAAAGUUAUAAUGUCGCUAUCUUUCCUGUGGAGCGCAGCGCACUUGAGUUUACCUUUGUUCGGGCUCGGCCGAUUUCGCGUUCACCAAAAAGGAUGGUACUGUUCCAUCGAUUUGGCGUCGACGAAUUCUGCUGAUAUUCUAGUCGUUUACCUCAUCAUAGCCGAAGGGAUAUUGUUCACGUUGGUCUUGGGGCACCUGUACCUGACCGUCCGCAAAGUAGUGAAAACCGAGCGGAGAGCCUCGAUGCAGCUCUCGCCUGAACAAUCCCGGGGGGCGAAUGUCCUAGUUAUUGGAAGAAAACGUGACGAGUUUGCUAGGAUGACAUUGCUCAUCGCCGUCGUCUAUUGGACAUGUUCGUUUCCGUAUUUGAGUUAUCGUGCAGCAUUUGUGUUCUCAAAUGGCAGAUACCACGAUUCUGAUGCGUAUUUCUACACUCAGAUGAUCGCUUACUUCAAUUCCUUUCUAAAUAUCGUCGUGUUCCUUGUUAUGAACAAACAAUAUCGAAAAGCGAUGAAAAGAUGGCUGGGAAUUAGAAGUACAGAUGUAGCCAACAAUCAGAUUUCAAGUGAGCGUCAACCACAACACAUCGUCAGUCAGGAAAGCAUAGAUGCACUACCUGCCCCAAUCGAAAUGUACUUUGAAAACAGGUCAACGUCUUUGUGAUGCCGUAAAGAACAGUUUUCUAUCAUCAAGGUAACCUCGUGAAAUGUUUGAGCAAAAUGUAGUCGAACAAUACACGAAAAUAAAGAUGCAAUAGACCAGCAGUUAUGCUUAGAGUUAAACAACCAAAACCGCUUGGAUUUCCAGCUUAACCGCAACACUUGCGUCUUUGAUAUUCUCUUUACUUGAGAAUAUCAGGCACAUUGCUGCAGUUAAAUAAAUUAAAGCAAGUUUCACUUCAGUAAAUCAGUAAAUGAACUUGUAU